CUACGAACCCAACCUCAUCUCCGCCCUCUAUAUAAACCCCCCACCACACCCACCACUUCACUCACCAUCACAACCUCACAACUUCACAACUCAACAGAAUUAAUCCCCAAAUUUCAAAAUGCCUUGCUCUGGUUCCUCUGUAACUAUAAUUUCAAAAUGCGCAAUUUAUCCAAACACGAAAUCCACAAUCAAAUCCCUCAAGCUCUCCGUCUCUGAUCUUCCCAUGCUCUCUUGUCAAUACAUCCAGAAAGGCGUCCUCCUCAGCUCCCAGCCCUUCCACAUCUCCGACCUUAUCGCCUCUCUCAAACACUCCCUCUCCCUCGCCCUCUCCCACUUCCCCGCCUUCGCCGGCCGCUUUGAGACCGACGCCCAAGGAUACGUCCACAUCGUUUGCAACGACGCCGGCGUCGAUUUCAUCCAAGCCAAAGCCAAGCACCUCUCCGUCGACGUCCUUUUGCCGGCCAACGAGGACGUUCCGCAUUACUUCAGGGAGUUUUUUGCGUUUGACCGGACCUUGAGCUACUCCGGCCACUCCAGACCCUUGGCCGCCAUCCAAGUCACGGAGCUCGCCGACGGCAUCUUCAUCGGCUGCACUGUUAACCACUCUGUCACCGACGGAACUUCCUUCUGGCACUUUUUUAACACCUUUGCUGAGAUUUGCAAAGGCGCCAAGAAAAUCUCCAAAUCUCCAGAUUUCUCGCGCGACAACAUCUUCAACUCGCAGGCGGUGCUCCGGUUGCCCGAAGGCGGCCCUAAGGUCACCUUCUCCGGAAACGAGCCGUUACGAGAGCGAAUCUUCCAUUUCACCAGAGAAUCGAUUCUCAAACUAAAAAACAGAGCCAAUAACAGUCCUCUGAUUAAUGGUAACGGGCUUUUGGAAUCGGCGGAGAUUUUCGGGAAGCAAUGCAACGACACCUGGAAAAUCGUUUCUCGUUGUAAAGGCGCGAAAACUGCGGAGAUUUCGUCGUUUCAGUCACUGAGCGCGCAGCUCUGGCGUUCCGUGACACGUGUUAGGAAUCUACCAGAUUCCAAAACGACGACGUUUCGGAUGGCUGUGAACUGCCGCCACCGGCUCGAGCCGAAGCUGAGCCCACACUAUUUCGGGAACGCAAUACAGAGCAUCCCGACCGUUGCUUCCGCAGGCGAGCUGUUGUCUCGAGAUCUGAGCUGGUGCGCUGGUCUGCUCCGCAAGAACGUCGCCGCGCACGACAACGCCACGGUGCGCCGCGGCGUGGAGGAUUGGGAGAGCGCCCCAAGGCUUUUCCCGCUAGGAAAUUUCGACGGCGCAAUGAUCACGAUGGGGAGCUCGCCGAGAUUCCCAAUGUACGACAAUGAUUUUGGAUGGGGCCGACCCUUGGCCGUAAGGAGUGGCAGGGCAAACAAAUUUGACGGCAAGAUUUCGGCUUUUCCGGGAAGAGAAGGGAACGGGAGCGUUGAUCUGGAGGUGGUUUUGGCUCCGGAGACGAUGGCGGGGCUCGAGUCCGAUAUGGAGUUCAUGCAGUACGUAUCGGCGGUUGUGUAAACGGUUGCUUAGUCGGCGAUAUGGUUUAAAUUACCGUUAAUCCGUUAUGGUGGCUUGGACUUUGGUCAAAACGUUGUCAUGGCUAUGUGAAAUUGAUUUGGACGGUUGUGAUGAGACUUGAAACAGCGACGUUUUGGCUACUAGUGUGUGGUUUGUAGUAUAUUAGGAUUAGGAUUUUAUAUUAGUAUUGUUAUUGUAUAAUAUUAUUAUGAUUAUAUAUAAAUAUCUGGUUAAUCAGUUUCCA